AUGCCGGCCCCCAUUGAGAUCGUCGAACCACCUGUCGUGGUGCGCGACCUCCAUGACGAUGAAAGGAACGUGGUCGAUUUCUUCGACCGCCACGUGAGCCACUGCACUCAAUGUGGGCUCGCUCUCGAGACGGCCAAGGACACUCUCUGCGAGCGUGGCCAGCGGUAUGCCGUCGAUGUCACCACGUAUCUAUACAGCGUGGAUGGAAAACACUUCUCUGUCGUGGACAGGGAGAACAACAAGCCCAUGCGAGUCAAGCUCCUGCACCAGGGCUCCCAUGCGCGCACCCUGAUCGAGAACAUUGACAAGGGCAUGCGCCUCGCCUCUCCUCGCCGGGGCCGCGCGCCGCCGGUCCAACCUCCUUCCACUCCUCCCCACCGGUCGACUUCUGUCCGCACCUCCUAUGAUGCCACAUACCCGGUAGGCCCUCGUCGGUCAGGGCCCAUGGUUCAGCAGCGUGAGCCUCGCUCCCGCUCUCACACCGAAUCGCCGCAACCCUCGCCAAAUACCCGCAUCAUCGAGCGAUCUCCCUCGAACAGCAAACCCCGCAUCGUCAUCUAUCCCUCUCCGCAUGGCUCUCCCAACCGCAGCUCCAACAGCCGCGGCUCGCUGUACAACUCGGACCGCCAGGACCGGGUUGAGCGCAUCUUCGAGUCGACUAACGCUCGGCGGCGCUCGGACUACUACCGUUGA